AUGGAGUUCUGCCCUGUGAAGGUCUAUCCUCGCUCCUUGAGCACGGUGGACGUCCUCUUGGAGCUCUCGGAGCCAGCGGCUCCUGCAGGGCUCAGCUAUCGCUACCGCUGGGAUGAAGCGCCCAGCUGCGCGGGCACGGAGGCUUGGGAGCAGAUGGAGCACGAGCUGAAGGACCUGCCAGUGCCAGGUGGGCAAGCCUGGUCUCCUGAGAGCCCCUCGCUGCAUCGGCUCACGGUCGCGAUGCUCAGCCCGACCCACCUGGUGCUGGACUGUGUGGUGGUCCGUUUUGGGCUUCGCACGGUGACCACCAAGGGCCAGGAGGUGCACGUGAAUGGACGCGCCAUGAAACUGCUGGGUUUCAACCGGCAUGACCUGACCGAUUCGCCGGUGCUCGCCUACGAGCAGCUGGUGGCAGAUGUGCAGAUCUUGUUGAGCUUGGGCGCCAACUUCGUGCGCGGCGCCCACUACGCGCAAGACGCGCGGUUCUUGGACCUCUGCGAUGUGCAUGGGCUCCUCGUUUGGGAGGAGGUGCUCGGUUGGCAAAACACGGUGGAGGACUUCCACAACCCGACCUUUGUGAUGCAAAGCCUUCGCAUGGCCAAGGAGAUGGCGGUGGCCUCCGUGAACCACCCCUCGGUCAUCUUCUUCGGUUUCUUCAACGAAGGCGAGUCCUUCGAUGACAGCGAGGCCACGCGCACCAUCUACCACGCCAUGGCCUCGCAGCUCAGGAGGCACAGUGGCCACACUCGUCUCAUCGGCUAUGGCUCCAACCACCCUGGCAAGGAUCGCCAGCUGGAGGCGGUGGACGUCCACGCGUUCCACCUGUACCUGGCGUGGUAUCCCACCACGCAGCCCGCCGAUCCCCAGGAGGUAGAGGGCAUCCCAGAUGUUUGGGAGCAUGUCCAGCAGUGGUCCACCCACGUGGAUGCACAGAAGCCCAUGCUCAUCACGGAGGCGGGGGCUGGAGGGCUCUUUGGCUUUCGUGGGCCGGUGGAGCAGAAGUGGACCGAAGAGUACCAAGCUUUGCUUCUCAAGACUCACCUGGAGGCAGUGAUCAACAACCCAGGGAUUGCAGGAAUCUCCCUCUGGCAGUUCGCAGAUAUUCCCAUCGACCGGGCGGUGAGCAACGAGCAGCACCGACCCCGAGGGCUGAACAAUAAAGGUGUGCUGGGCCUCUGGGACGCGGAUCGGCAGGUGGAGUAUUGGAGCCCUGGGAGGGGCAGGUGGAGUAUGGGAGUGGGCCAACCAGAGGGCUUGGAAGACCCAGUUCCUCCCAGGUUGGUAGAAGCAGGAGAAGAGAAGAAACGUCGUCCCGCCCUCGGAGGGCAUGGUCAUAGUUGGUGGGUGGUAUGAAUUCUAUUGUGUGAAUGAAUGGGUGAAGCUGGGGCACAGUCCCUAUCACUUGCUACUUGUACCUGAGAGUGCCCUGAAUCACGACACCAAACACCAGAUAUUUGGAGUAGGCCCAGAGCCCUCCACUUCUGGUGCUUCUCCUCUCCCCCACUUCUGGGUCUAAAGCUCCAUAGCUCCCAAAGCUCCCAAUCCCGUUGCCAGAUCUUCAAUUUCGGUCGACGUUCCUUCUUUGAAGGGUUAAGAUUAUAAAGAAUUAUGGUCUAGUCCAGGUCACCUCCAGGUCACCACCUGCAACUUUGAUGUUUUCCAUUUCAGCCACCAUGGAACGGAGACCUGUUUAUCGUCCGGUGCUGGUAGGUAGUCCAUAUAUCACCUCCAUGUCUCACGUCCGCAGCACCAGCACCACGCAGUCCGGUCCGGUCCUUCAGGUACCCCGAAGCCACCUGGCCGCGAGCGAAACCCGAGGCAUGUACCGCCACACCAAGUUGGCCGCCGCCGUGGUGGCGCAGUUGCUCCGUGGCCUUCACGGUGAGGAGCUCCGACUGCCGACCUGAAGGUGAAGGGAUUGAAAAACGAGGUGUCGUGCGACAGCCGCGGACCCGCGCGCCAUCCACGGAUCUCGGAGACGACAUCGUGAGCCACGCGUAUGCGCGGCCGCGCGGGGCGUAUGCGCGCAGA